CCAGGCUUUCUGAGCAGAAGUGUUGCAAUCAUAUUAGCAGUCUCCGCCCCUCUGCACUAAGGAAAUGCCCAGGGACUUUCACUUUGCAGCAAGAGAAGUUCUCUGUAAGGCUGGAAAGAAGUAAGGCUGUUCUCCAUGGCUGAAAACAAACAACCCCCCAAACCACCACAUAAGAUGCUGGAGUAUCUUGGCAAGGAAACCAUAGUUGAAUUUAUGGAUAAAGUUGUAAAAAAUGAUGUAUUUAAAUUGGAAGAACAUGAAAAGGAAAAGUUUUUCAAUGCUGAACGUAGAGACAAGCCUUGGAUCUUGAUAGACUCUGUGAAAGGGAAACCAAAUAAGGCUGGCAAAGUACUUCUCCAAUCUAUUCUUACUUUGAAUAGAAAUAUUGCCAAUUCUAAAGUUCACCAGGAGCCAGAAGAUAGACCAGAAGAAUACACUGAUACCCUCAAGCUUUGUCCUCCUGAGGAGUUUGUGAGACUGCGGACAGAAAAUGCCAGAAAUAUCUAUCCAAUAAAAGAAAAAGGAAUUCGUUCUCGCCAGGCUCUCAUCAUCUGCAAUACAGAGUUUGAUUAUCUUUCUCGGAGGGAUGGGGCUAACUUUGACAUCUCAGGAAUGGAGGGGCUGCUUAAAGACCUGGGCUACUCUGUAUUGGUGAAAGAUAAACUUACAUCUAAGGGUAUGGAGUCAGUAUUGCAGGACUUCGCUGCCCUUCAAGAGCACAAGUCUUCAGACAGUGCAUUCGUGGUGCUAAUGUCCCAUGGCACACUGCACGGCAUCUGUGGAACUGCACACAGUAACAAAAAUCCAGAUGUGCUACAUUAUGACACCAUCUAUCAGAUCUUGAACAAUCGCAAGUGCCCUGGUCUACGAGACAAACCCAAAGUCAUCAUUGUGCAGGCCUGCAGGGGUGAGAACUCUGGGGACCUGUUGGUCAGAGACUUUUCAAAACUCCAGGUUGACAGCUUUGCAGAUUCACCAAGGAACGUGGAAGCAGAUGCUGUUCGCCUAAGCCAUGUGGAGAAGGAUUUUAUUACCUUCCACUCUACAACUCCACAUAACAAGUCCUAUCGAGACUGUACAACGGGCUCUGUCUUCAUCACCAAACUCAUUGAAUGUUUCAAAAAAUAUUCCUAUUCAUGUCACCUAGAAGACAUAUUUCGGAAGGUACAACAGUCAUUUGAAAACCCAGAUAUUAAUGCACAAAUGCCCACCAUUGAUCGUGUAACCCUAACAAGAUAUUUUUACCUCUUUCCUGGCAAUUGAAAAUAAAACUACAGACAAUGCAGCUUGCUUUUGUUAACUUCAAGAAAUGGCUGUUCUUGGGGUAAUGGUGCAGGCCUAUAAACUCAGAACUGGUCAUGCUGUGGAAAGAUAUUGUGAGUUUGGGCCAACCUGGUCAACAUAGAGUGAUCCUGUCAUAAAUGCUAACAUUACUUUCAACAAAACACCACGUGUAUUUAACUCUCUUUACAUUAAUGAAAAUUAUAAAAAAUGAGGGUCUGAAGAGGCUGCUCAGUGAUCAAGGUGCUUCCCUGCAAAGACCAAGAACUCAUGCUUGAUUCUCUGGUACCAAUGUAAAGCCAGAUGCAUGCUCCCCCCACCUGUUUCUCUCUCUCAAAUAAAUUAAUUAAUAAAAAUUAGAGGAAAUGA